AUGCUGUCGUCGCUCUUCUCCAGCAUGGGAGGAGUCCGGUCCUCGUUGACUCAGGCCCUCAAUUUUGCACUGGUUUUGUCUACAGCUUUCAUGCUGUGGAAGGGCUUGUCAGUAGCUGCCGCGAGUAGCUCGCCUAUUGUUGUCGUGUUGUCCGGUUCCAUGGAGCCGGCCUUUCAGAGAGGAGAUUUACUUUUCUUAUGGAAUCGCAGCCCGAGGACAGAAGUGGGGGAGAUUGUCGUGUAUAAUGUGCGAGGCAAGGAUAUUCCGAUUGUGCACCGGGUGGUUCAGAGCUUCCCCGAGGUGGAAGGCAAGGCCAAGAAGGUCAAGGAGAUCACAGCUGACUCGGAUUCGAGCUCCCAGUUGCUCUUGACCAAGGGCGAUAACAACGUUGCUGCGGAUACUAUGCUCUACGCCGAUAAUCAAGACUACCUGAACCGACAAGAGGAUAUCGUGGGCAGCGUGCGCGGGUAUAUUCCUGGGGUUGGGUAUGUGACGAUCAUGCUGAGUGAGCAUCCUUGGCUAAAGACGGUUCUGCUGGGCUUGAUGGGCCUGAUGGUCAUGCUUCAGCGCGAGUAA